AGUCAACCCAAUCCUCAAGAUCCUGCCGACUAACAUUACCGAAAUCACCAUGGCCGAAAACCUCCUUCACAAGUGGUUCCCCACCACUAAACUUCCCCUCAUCAUCAGCGCCCCGAUGUUCACCGUGGCGAACGGCGCACUAGCCGCCGCAGUAACUCAAGCCGGAGGCCUCGGCAUGGUCCCAGCAGGAAUGGACCCCAGCGCCAACUCUCCCCACCUCGCCGCCCUGGAAGAACAACUCACCAUCGCCAGCCGCCUCCUGAACCACACCAAGUCAGACGAAGCCGCCGCCACACCCCUCCCGAUCGGCGUCGGCUUCCUCACGCUCCUGGCCACGCCGGACGCCUACCGCGCCAACGCGCUGCCCAUCCUCCACCGCCACCGCCCUGCGUUCGUGUGGCUGUUCGGCUCGGACCCGGCAGACCCGGUAUACGCCGAGUUCGUGGCGCUGUUCCGCGAGGCCGGGGCCGAGUGGGGCAUGCGCGUGUUUGCGCAGGUCGGGUCCGUCGCGGCGGCCAGGCAGGUCGCGCGCUGCGGCGUCGACGUCGUCGUGGCGCAGGGCAGCGACGCCGGCGGGCAUCAGUGGGCCGAGGCGGCCAGCAUCGUGACGCUCGUGCCCGAGGUCGUGGAUGCGCUGCGCGGGCAAGAGGUUGCCGUGGUUGCGGGCGGGGGUAUCGUGGACGGCAGGGGGGUUGCGGCGGCGCUGGCGCUAGGUGCGGAUGGCGUCACCAUGGGGACUCGAUUCGUUGCUUGCGACGAAGCAGACUCUAACUCAUUCGUGCGGAAAGCCAUCCUGAAUGCUAGCGAUGGUGGCGCCACAACGGCAAGGUCGUCCAUGAACGAUGCAAUCAUGGGCUAUCCGACAUGGUCAAAGUUGUACGCCGGCAGAGUGAUCAGGCACUCGGGGCUCGAUGACCUCGCGAAUGGCGUCCCUUUGCACGAGGUUCACGAGUCCUUCAAAAAGGCAGUGGCGGAACAAGAUGAGGCACGAAUGGUUACAUUUGCUGGUACUGGAGUCGGUUUGGUUCACAAGUCACAGCCUGCUGGCGAGAUUAUCAAAGAAGUCCGGUCAGAGGCUCUGUCUAUCAUCGACAAGCUCAAAGGCAGCUCAUAAAUGACAAGGCUUGUAUUUAGACGCUUGUGCACGGUAGCUUUACCUAUGGUCAAAGUGAUGACAUCAACAAACCACCUUGAAACAAAGUGAACAAGUGUCAGGUACGGUCAGAGCAACAUCCCAAUUCUGAGCUUACUUGUUUGCGUGGUUCUUUUGUUCCCCUGUGCUAUUAUCUAGUACAGAGCUGCUCUCUCCGUCAAAUGGUCGUCGAUUGGUAGGGCUAGGACUAAUCGCCGCCGCCGGCUGGCCCAAGAGCCUUACUCCCGCCGGCAUAGCCACUUGUUGCGAUCAAGUCAUCCGUUAGCCUGCUCCUACACUUAAGGCUUCAAUGGAUUAAAGUGACUAAGCAUGUCAGCUAACCUGUGACUUCAAUCACUGAGGUGAAGUUAUAGUAGC